GCGGCUACAGCUGCUGCGAAAUAGCCGAGAGCGGCUCUCUCGUCCACGCACGCGUAUUUUGCAACCGGGCUACGUCUUUGGAAAGUGACUGCGUAAUCGCGAGUGGAGUGUGUUACCGGGUGGAGUCCUCUGUAACGUUGUUCCGUGUGUACCUUACGGUCGCGUGUGUUCCUUGAAUUUUAUUCAGUCGAAUCGAUGGUUACACGGUGUCCGAUGAUUCGAUGGUUCUGAAUGGUUGCUGGCUUCUUUACGCGUAGUAUGUUUCUGCUCCUCUUCCGAGAGUAUUCAUCUUGAUAGAAGAGGAUAAUAAGUCAAAACGACGUAGAAGAAACAUCGCAAGAAUCUUCGGUCUACUGAUCAGUGAUCACUAGUAUUGGAUCCGACGGUCUGACCUAACAAAUACAAAAAUGAGAGGUGCCAAUCAGGAUACGGCGACGCCGUACUGUCGCUGCAGAGUCCUUUACUUAGGCAGCUCGGUGCCCCAUGCGAGUAAGGAAGGUUUGCUAGGGGUGCAAGAACCUUUGAGAGAACUAUACCCAGAACAGGGUGCCUUGGGAGCACGUGGACUGGACUCCUGGCUGAGCGUCUGGAGCAACGGCCUGCUGCUGGAGAAUGUGGACGAGCACCGCAAGAAGGUCACCAGGUUCUUUCCCAUCGAGGCGCUGCACUACUGCGCUGCUGUGAGGCAUGUCAAAGGCGGAAGCGGCGACGCCUCGAACACGAGGUUCCUUCCCUUGGACUCUCCCUUCGCUAGAACGCCCAGUGCCAACCAUCCGCCGCUUUUCGCCGCGGUUCUGCGACGAACCACGGGUAUCAAGGUUCUCGAAUGUCACGCAUUUAUAUGCAAGCGCGACAUGGCGGCCAACGCCCUGGUCAGGUGUUGCUUUCACGCGUACGCGGACAGUAGCUACGCCAAGGGCCUUGAUCCCUCUGCCACGACGACCAACGGAGUCACCAGUGGACAUCCUUCGAAUAACAGUCUCUACCACACUCUAGGAGGAUCCAGUACUACCCUAGAUAGUCCACAAGCGACUCGUUUAGACGCUACCUCAACAGACGACCUUAGCUUGUACAAUGGAGAUGAGAAUCAUAAGGUCUGGGCCAGAGGUCGAGAAGAGGUGGACGGUUUAUAUCAGGAACAGGGGACUCUGAGAAGCACCAAGGGAUCUAGACCUCGUCAGCUGGUCGCUCCACCUCCUCCACCGCCUCCGCCCCCUCCACCUUCUCAACCUUUGCUCCUCGAAGAAUCUUCAUCGUCCUCAGUCCGCAGAAAAGCGAACAAGAAACUCAAGAAGCUCAAAAACCGAUCCUCUCACGAAGAUCCCUUGCAACAAGCUCACCUUCAUCCUCAGUUGCAUCAAGGAAUAUACACUAACGGCCAUGGACACCAUACUCUGGGUCACCCAGUGAGGCAACAGCACUAUCAUCCUCAUCCUCUGCCACCUAGCAGUCGAUCAGUCGCAGGAACUUUGGCCAGACCAGCGCCAGUUUUAUUGGUACCAGCCGCAACUUUACCUAGGAAGGCUCACCAUCAUCCUAAAGGACUCAGACCGAUUCCAGCAGCCGCUCCAAUCGUUCCGGUGUACGCUCCAUUACCUGUGGUGCCUCCUCCACCCGCUGCAGCCAUUUAUCCAGCUGGAACUUACGGGACAGCUGGAAAUAGGGGCAGAAGACAGCAUCUUGAGGCGGAUUCUUCGACCCUAGGAGCUUCCAGAAGACUGGCUGCCUCUCACGCGGAUCUUACCACCGCAGAGAUGAGCAGAGCAGCUGAUAGCCCAGAGAACGAGUCGCGUUUUGGAACUGGAAUCUAUAGAAGAAAGGGCCACUUGAACGAAAGAGCGUUCUCAUACAGCAUUCGCGCGGAGCAUCGUAGCAGAAGUCACGGAAGUUUGGCCUCUCUGGGCUUCAGCGGGCAAAAUGGAAACGCGCUGCCCAAAGAAGAGAAGAAGGACAGGGAGAUUGCUCAGUUGGUGGCUGGUUUGAACCUGGAUGACAGUCCUGAGAGGGUACAGCCGAUGCCAGCUAACUCGAGGAGCGGUUACUCGCACCAUCAGCAACAACUUCAGCCUCUACCUAGGCCACGACCUCGUUAGGAAUUUUCCGGAUGUCGAUUCUUAUUGUAAUCAUGAGAAAUAAUCGAUGAGUCAAGUCUGGAAGUUAUACAGUCGGUCCAAUAUGAAGGCAGAUGUUGUUCUAUUUGGAUUUUGGUUGUUGAAGACGCUUUGUUGCUUCAUGGUAAUGUGAAAAAGCUUGUUUGAGACUGGACCGUUUAGUCAGAGACCAGAUAACAGUGUGAACAGACCACUUGGACCGAUCAUCUUUCUGUUUGUUGAAUAAGAACGUAUGGUGUUGUCCAUUGUUUUGGAUGGAAAGUGAUUUUCAUAGGAAAUUUGGACUCGUUUUCUGGAGUCUAUGGACUGUUAAUCGAGGCACUAGUUUAUGGGGGAAAAGAUUGGUUCGUGGUGUUAGCGUGGAAAAUCGCGAUGGGUGGUCGAGUGGCCGACUGGUUCAGUUGGCUUUCGUUUCUUAGAAGAACCUUGCCCGAGUAGGAAAAUUACGGAUAGGCAAAAAGCUGAAGAACACCCGGCCUCAUCUUCGUCUCGCUGAUUUCUACCUGUGACCUCGAUCGUCUUAUCUCGAGAGUCGAUCACCUUUGUCGAAUUCAGGACUUUGAUCGUGGGAUGCAUUGAAAAAACUCGAGCAGAAAUUCAAUUCGAAUAAAUUGAGUUUUAAAGUAUUUUUGUGAAUUUUCAGAUGGGGUUUUGACAUUUUUAUUCUUUUAUUUAGAAUUUCUUUGGUUUUAUUUAUAUCUUACUUGUUUUCUUCGUAAGUUGUCAACUUUUGCUAUUUCUACUUUUUAAUUUGGAAUUUUAUAAUUUUUAUGUAUGUCUCGAUUCUCUAUAUAAUUUGAAAUUUUUCGUUCUUUAAUACUGAUUAUUUCUGUUGUCGUUUUUCGUUUGACAAAAGGUCCGAGAAUUUUUAUCGCGGUUGGCGGAAAAGAUUGACGACGACGUAAUAUUUUUGCGCGACCUUCCUGUCGCGAAAUGAACAGGCUAAUUGGACGAGCUCGAAUUAUUGUCGUCCAACGAAGAUCGUUCUAAUGGCUGGAACUCGUUAGACACAGACACGCAACUUUGCAAUGUUUCCUUCCAGUUGGCAGAAUUACAACUCUGUUUAGGAUCCUCCUUCACUAACAGAAAAUUACUCAGGAAUCGUUAAAAUUUUUCAACAGUCAAAAAGUUGUCUUUUUCCAAUAUUGCAAUCGUUCUUUAUUUGACAAUUCGUUAAUGAGUUUAUUGCGCACGAAUUUUUGAAAUUUCUACAAAUUAAUCAUAAUAUAAAAUCUUGUUUAAAGUAAUUAGAGGGUUUAUUAAGAACCUUUAUAAGAAUUUUCUCUCUCUUUAUCUUUUAAACCUUAGAAUUUCUUAUACUCGGUUACAAUAUGAAAUUUUGUAUGAAACAAUUGGAAGAUCGUUUUUGUUUAAUGAAAUGGUCAUUUUUCUUUUUAUAAUUUUUCUAUGUAUUCGAUUGAAAUUUCUUUGUUGUAUUAAUGAUGAUUACCUCGCUAUAUUUUGUUAUAAUCGAGGAAUCGUAUCAGUGGUUUCCCCUAGAAAAGAUUACGCGACGGUUCGAAUCUCCGACGCACGAGUUACAGCCGACUUGCUCGUGAGAACGUGAACGUUAAUCUUAAUUGCAUGAGAAAAAGUUAUACGGCGAGGGUUUCGAGAGCCUUAAGAAACAGAGAACUUUGCAUUUCACCGCCUUUCUUUCGUAUAAUGCUUCGGGAAAAGAGCGAAAUAAUUAAGACGCUUAGAAACCAUGUUGAUCAAUUCAAUGCAUUGAAGCACAGCAAAAAAUAACGAUAUUGCAAACAUUGAUUUUAAAAAAUCUGUCUUGAAAUUUACAAUUAUUUAUCAUAAAUGAAUUUAUGAAAAUCAGUAAACUUGUUCUUCAGAAGUGGUAUGUUUCAUAAUAUCAAGGCGAUCUUGCGCAGUUAAACUAAUAUCAUUAGUAAAAUUUUAAAAGUUAUAAGUUAUCGGUAUUAACUUUUCUAUAUAAUAAUCAACAAGUUUGACGAGAAAUGAAAUUUUAAAAAUUGUGAUUGGAUUUUUUAGGGAGACUUUCUAAAGCGUAGAAUGCAUAUAAAAUGCGUAUAAGGUAAAGAAAUAUUCAAAGUGUAGUAUUCGUUAUAACAUUGAUUAUAAUAUUAUUAGUUAUUAAAUUGCUGUGCAAGAAUGCUCAAAUAGAAUAAAAUUAACUAAUUUACAAAAGACAGGAUAGAAGCAAAUUUUGUUUUCCGAAAGAUUCUCAUUCAACAUUUUCUACGCCAAAAUCCUUCAUCAAUAAUUUACACGAAUCUAUCAGAAAGUUAACGCAAACACGAAGAAUGAACGAUCAACGUUAUCGCUUUCACGACAAAUCAGGUUUCAUAAACACGAUUAAUUGCGAACCGGCCUUGCAGUAUUAGCCUCAAAUCCUGUUACGACCGCUAAUUACUCAGAUCUAUGAAAUAUCCCACGCAACACAUGAUAAUUACGAUCGUUUGCAUGGUGUUCGCUUCUUUAUCUUUUUAUUUGACCUGCAACACGAUGAGAAAAAUGAGAGGAGAUUGUAGGGGCGCCAACAUUAACAUGAGAGGGAUUUGCAUCGCAUUCCUUUGACGUACGGCCUCGUUUUUCCAUGAGAAAACACAACGAUAAUGAACGACUGUUUAAUAACCACGGAGACAUCGAGAUUGCUUAAGUCUAAUAGUUCGACGCGAUUUCGCGCUUAUGAGAACGAAAUCUGGGAAAUCCCAGAUGCAAUCUCGAACACUGUGCAACAGUAUCACCAGCUUACGAAGCUGGCAAACACGUUCCGGACAAUUAACCUAACGAUCGUAAUUAGAACGCGGUUUAAUGGCGAGGAAAAUUUCGCGAGACCUCUGAUUCUCCGCGUUCUAAUAAAAAAUUGAGAGAUCAUUUUGAUCUCUGCGCCUUUUUGUUGAAAAUAUUUGACAUUAGAAAAUUUAUACAGAUUGAUCCGAUUUUUGUCCUUAUAAUAAUAUUUGAUAAGAUAAUUUGAAAAAUGAUAUCAUUUCCUCCUUUUAUUUCGAGAUUAAAUCGAUGAAAUUUUCGUACUUUGAGAGAAAUAUUAAAAAUUAGAAGAGCGAGCCGAAUAGGUUGGAUUCUCGUUUUUCAAUAUAAUAAUUAUCAACAAUUUGGCGAUAAUAAAUAUCAAAUUAUUUGAGAAAUAUCAUCAUUUCCUACUUUAUUUCGAGGCUAUAUUAUUGUUAAUUUAAAAGAAAGAUAGGUAUUGUUUUAGAAGGAUGAUAGAAGUACAAUAUUUUCGGAAAUAAAUGAAUGCAGCGAACAAUACAUCCAUAAAUAAUGAAAUAAAAAUGUUUAGUAAUGAUUGUUUUAACAAAAUGAUGAACAUAUUUGGAUUAAUAAGUGGAAAAUAUUGAAAGAUUAUUUUUUAAUUAAGAUAAAUUCUUCGCCCGUCGAAAAAAUUACGUGGAGGGAUUAGAAACUUAAUUAACAGCAUCGAUGAAAGGGAAAAAGGGUCUGAAUUAAUUACCUGAAAUUUUACUAUUCAAUUCAGAGACGCGUGUUUACUCAAGCAUCGAGCAUGCCUGUUUCGAAACUGGUUACAGAUACCUCGUAUGCUCGGAUGAAUACACAUUCCUAUCGUCGCGUAUGCAUAUACAAUUAGGCUCAAUUAUUAUCGAUUCGUGGCCGACGCGAGUCUGCUACGCUUGCCGCGACAUAUUUCGUUAUUCAACGUGGUUUUCCUCUCUGCCUUUCUCGUCUGUGCACUUUGAAGAAAUAUGUACUUUACCUCGAUGAAAAUGAAAAAUAUCUUUACCCAUCGAGUCAUCUGUCUUCUUUGACUUUGAGAAUAUUUUAAAGUUAUUUUUAUAGAUUUAUUAAGCCAUCGAAUAUGUACUUAUGAACAUUAUUUAAAUAUUUAAAAAACCAAUGCAUUCGAAGCUUUAGCUUAAGAAUAAUCCAUGAUCAUGAGACUGAGAGGGACUUUUCGUUAAGUAAAAUAAUGUCAGUGAGUUAUAUUUAAUUAUAUCAGCAAAUAACAAUGAAUAAUUUCAUCAGUAAAUGUGCAUUUCCUUGAAAAACUUACUUCCAUCGAUCUUAUUAAAUCAAGAAUCGAGCACUAUUGUAAUUUCUUCAGUUUAUAAACGUUUCAUAAUCUCUCGGGAGGAGCAAAUCUUCUUUUAACUCCUUGUUUUAUUAUUAAAAGACGUCAAUCGCCUGUCUGUGGCUGGAAGGAAAACAAAAUCGGAAAGAUUACAACGUCUACGAUUCUCGACGUUCCUUUCUUGCUAGUCGAGAUUGCGCAGCGAUCUUCUGACAGGACGUGAAAAAGAACCUAAAAAGAUUAAAGGCAUAAACGUGGUUAAUGAUCGGCAGACGAACGUAUGCAAAUGAAUGGGUAUCGCGCAGCAUUGCCUGGAAGCGUUGCUUUUUACUGCUCGCGCUUCAUCGAUCGCAUUGAUCGACUCGGUGAAAAGUGUCGCUUCGGUUUCGCAACGAGUUUCUCCGUUCUCGCGACACGUAACUCGCGACGAUUGCAAUAAGAGGGAGAGAAAAAAAGAAAAAAACUGGAGAAAAAAAGAAUGAAUUGCGUGGUAAUUUCAAGGUAUCGCGAGUGCAAUGGACCGAAUUAUGCCGCUGAAUAUAUUAUUCAUAGAUAGGAAAAUCCCACGUGCGUUGCAUGAUUUCGUUUAGCAAGGUCGUAGAUACAUUUUCGAUGGAAGAAUUGAAAGGAGAAUUCAAAACAAUCCUUCGUGGAGUAAGAUACAUAAAAUAUAGCAAAAUUUUCAAGAAUUAGAGAAAUUCUGCAUCGAAACGAAGUAAUUUGCAAAAAUUGCUGGAGUUUGCAAAAUGAUAUUAAUAAAUAUAUGAGACUGAGUAAAGAAUCUUUUUCAUAAUAAAAUAUAAAAUUCGCAAGAAUUGUCCAUACAAACGAAGAAAUCGCUAAAAAUCAGAAAAAUUCACAAGUUUUUCAUAAGAACCACGUUCAGAGUUGAUUUUUCCAAAAGAUAUAUUCACGAUCAACUAUUUCGUUUAUUCUUGCCUCCACGAUGUAGUUAUGGGUUUAACAAACGGAAACGAGUACGUGGACAGACCACGUAAUCGCUUUUCGUAACCACAUUCGGUGGUCGAAGGAGUUUAUGAAACACUGACGACUCACUGACACUUAUCAGGCAACAAACUGAAGUCUCUAUCUUGCGACAUGACGAAAAUUCCUUUCACUGUUCGCAAAUUGAUUGUUCUCGAGUGGACCGUUCUUCAAUUCUGAUGGCGUCACUAUCUCAAACGAAUCUAAAUACAGUCUCGUCAUAGCAAUCAAAGUGUUUCGAAAAUUUCUGUUGAAGAAAUUUCAACGUUAAUUCGAUUUUAUGCAAACGAUCUUCCAACUGUUCUGUUCGUUAUAGUACUAAAAAUGAUUUGCUAAAUUGGCCACUAAAAGUUAGAAACAACUGGAAAAAUACACAGAAGAAAUUUCAAUUUCAGUUGCAUUUUAUGACAAGGAUCUUCCAAUUGUUCCAUUCGUUAUAGUAAUAAAAAGAAGAUUUGUCAAAUUGGUUAUCCAAUUUUCCACGCUAAAAUCACAAAUUCUUCCCUUCGACAGCGAAUUGUUAACUAUGCACGCAAGCUUUUAUUCUGUAAAAGUUCGAUAAACAACGACAGCUUUAGCAAAGCGUUAGCGAAGCGUUAGCCAGCAUGGGAAUCAGUGCCAAACGCCAUAAAUUGUCCGACUUUGCAAAAUUGUAUCGCGACUGUUUUUGCUCCUUUCAGAAUGUCACGUUUAAUUCCUUCGCUGUGCUGAAUUUAACAGAAAGAAGUGUCCUGUUCCUUCAAACUUAAUGGGGAUGACACGCGAGUUUUCGUGAAUUCGCCUAGUCAUUAAGGUUAUCAGGCUGGAACGGAAGUUUCGCUCGUUUGUUCCUCGAGGUUGACAAAAAUUAGUUUUAGUAGCCUUUUUAACACGUUGUCUACCACGAUGAAGACCUACGUUACUAUAUCUUUUUAGUAUGUUUAAAAGAAUAUAAAUUUCACGUACUAAAAAAAUUAUUAACAAUAUGAAUGACUUAGGUAACAUUGUUAGAAAAAGGUGCGCAAAUGUGAUAUAAUAUUUUGUAAAAAUCGAAUACUACACGAUGCAGUAUAUUUCAAUGUAUUGCGAAUCCCAGUGCAAAAUAGUAAAUAAAAGUGUAUGUAAAAUUCGCGUGGCAGUCAACGUGUUAAUUACCAGGUGGUACCAUAAGUAAUCUCUGGACAGCGGAUUUUUAUGCAUUUGUAGGAAAUUUGAAAAUGCAAAAUGGUAGAGAAUACACAUAAUAUAAAAUCUGCGAAGUAGAUAGCGCUUUCUACGAUACUUGGUAGGUAAGACAAUUUUCUACCAAAGUUCUACUUUUUUAAAUAUGUAUUCACAUAUAUAUUCAUAACAUAUUUAUAUUCUCGAAAAUAUGAAUUUGCAUAAAAAUCCGCGAUCUAGUAAUCUUACUUUUUAUUUUGCGUCUUGAUGCGUAAGAUAAAAUGAAAUAAUACGUAGACUGCGGAUUUUUACGCGAUUGUGGUAUAUUUGAAAAUGCAAAAUUACACGGAAUACACACAAUAUGUGCAGUAAUACAGAGAAUAUCCGAAGUAUAGCACUCAUUAUGAUAUUUUAACAGGUAAAGAAAAUUUCCGCUUAGGUUCCAUUCUCCCAGUUGCGAUCAGAAAAAUUUUAGAUUUGCAUAAAUAUCCGCCGACUAAUAAUAAGUAGUAUGAAGAUUUAUAUCGAUGCUAAUAUAAAGCGCAACCAUUGAAAAUACUUUACGAUAUAGUAAAAACCAAUAUCACAUAAAAUGAAAGUUAUAUUUUUCAUUCCUGUUAACUUUAAUACAUUUAUUUUAUUCUAAAGUAAAAUCUACUCGAAAAUAAAAUGAAAGUAUUGAAAGGGAUACUAAAAAUACUUUGUCCGCUUUUCGUCGAGCUUGUUAUUCGAAUUUGUUAUUCGUAAAUUUAGCUUCACAGCGAAAGGAUCGAACGAAAUCUCGAAAGGGCGAUACACGGCUGCCUUCGACGUUCUUAAUCGCGAUCGAGGACAAGGUUAACAGUUCCGUAACAGAGAUCAGCCCGGUGUCAUAAAAGAAGAAGAAAGAAUCGAUCUUCGAGAGUUGCAAGUCGAGCAGGAGGUGUGCAACUGGAACUUAUUUAUUUAAUCGUAUGUGCCAGAUGAUUGUAUAGGAAGUUUCAACCAGUGGAGUGUUUUCAACUCGACGAUAAUUAUUGUACUCGAAACAAACCCUUCGAUCGAACAGAAUCGUAUAAAUCGUGGAAAAUAUUUGCAGAGAAAAGUUUUCUUAUAUUCCUUCCUCGAUGAAAUUCAACCUUCGAUAAUAAUUGCAUUGCAGAUAACAAAAAGAUAUCGUGUUUUACUCUGCGAAUAAUUGUACAUUUCUGUUGAAGGGUGAAACGAAUCGUUCACGGUCGAUGGUAGUUACAGUUUCUUAGGAUUUUCUCGCCGGAAUUAUUGUUAUUAACUCUUCGUUUGACGAAUAAAAUCAACACUAACCAUUAAAGAGUAAAGCAAAAGAGAAAGAGGUGAAAAGAAAUUAACAGAUCAAGGGAGAAAUGGGCUGCUCAAACGAAGAGUUAAACGAAAAGCGGAGAUUGGGCCAUUCAGAAGUCAAAUUUAUCGAAGUCUCAUUUUUUAGAAUCUUUUUAUCUUAUUUCAAUAAUAAUAAUAAUAAUAAUAAUAAUAAUAAUAAUAAUAGUAAGCAAAUUAUUGUUAAUCGUUGUUUACUAGAAUAUUAUGAUUUUACGUCGUUUAAUUUUUGAAAAAAUACAAAAUAGAUGUGGAUGGAGUUGAUAAGUUUGGUUUCUGUGUGACUCAGUUGCGCGAGAUCAUGACGAAGCGCAAACGAUUAUUUAUUUAUCGUGGUCUGUGCUUGUUUCGCGGACGUGUACCGUAAUGAAAAUGUAUUUAUCACACGGCGAACGCGAUGGAGUCUUCUCGCAUCUGUUUUCUGGUAGCUUCGUGUUGCCCUGCAUAAUGCAAACUUCUCUCGUGACACGUUUAUGUCUACAUCCAUCCUCUUACGUAAGCCUUUUAAAGAUCACCGAUUCGAACAUGCAGAGUGCUAUUUUCUUGUGCACGAAAUAUUCAAUAAAAGUCGACGAGUUUCCCUUUCAA